AUGGUUUCGAUUUUCAAGGCGAUUCGAGAUAAUGAUACCCAACUAUUAAACUACUUUAUUGAACUUGCAACAAAUGAGUCGUCAUCAUCAUCAACCCAAGCAGUAUCAAAACAGCAGAGUCAAUGGAUACAACAACAACUCAAAAGCUCGGGUCAGAAGCAAUUCGACUUGAAUAAACGUUCAUCCAGAGGCAAGACUGCAUUACACUAUGCUGUCACUUGGAACAGGGUAGAGAUGGCGUCCAGCUUGAUCAACUGUGCUCAAGUAGAUGUCAAUAUGCGUGAUCGAGAGAACGGAUGGACAGCAUUGCACAGAUGUCUGUAUUUGGGAAACCUCGAGAUUGCCCGUCUGUUAUUGAAACGUCAGGACAUUGAUCUUCACAUCAAGGAUUGGGAGGGACUAGAUGCAUUUGAGCUGUACAAUCUCACCAUAGCAAACACGUUCCCAAAAGAGAGAAUACUGUCGAAACAUGACCGAUUACGGCAAUAUGAUGACAUGAUGGACAAUGUAGAGAACGAGGCUCACCAUCACACAACAGCAGAUGCUGCUCUGGCCAGUGGACGACGAGGCGGAACAGAUCUGUACACUUGGGGACACAAUACAAACUAUGUUUUAGGACAUCCAGACACUGAAAAUAGAACAAAACCGGAGCGUGUUAGAUUACAACUGGAAUCACAGAAAUCAGCCUUCAUCAUGCAGAGACCCGAUUAUCUGAUCGAGACAGUCGUCAUGUCAAAGUAUCAUAUGGGCAUCUUGACGACAGAGAACAGCCACAAUCUGCUGCUGUGUGGAUUUGGCAGUGGAGGUCGAUUAGGCACGGGUAAAGAGACGGAUACGCAGUUUACUCCUAUUCCAGUGCCAUGGUCAGAGAGGAUCACAUCUGUCGCACUAGGGCGAGACCAUACGCUGGCUGUCACAGAAAAUGGCAAUGUCAUUUCUUUUGGAAAUAACAGUUAUGGGCAAUUGGGGUAUGAAACGGAUAAUCAUAGCAACAGCAACAAGGAUCCAAUGCAACUUGUACCACGCAAGAUUCAAGCACAGAGCUUGAAGAAGCAGCCGAUUCUCGGUGCUGCUGCUUCCAGAGUGCACUCGGUUGUCUAUACGACGACCGACAUUUUUACCUUUGGGCUGAAUCAAGGCCAGCUUGGCUAUCACCAGCCUGACAACGAGACUUGCCAAGUGUCGCCUCGCAAAGUGAGCAUGUCGACAGAGAUUGUGCAAGUGGUGGCCAAUGAUCAUUGUACAGCCAUCCUGAACACAUCUUUUCAAGUGAUUCUACUCUUGAAUUAUACGCAGCAAAAGCUAUUUUUCCCAGUCAAUCGAUUCCCUAGCAACAUGACCGUGCAUCGCUCAGAGCCCACGUUCAUGGUAAAGUUAGUAGCAAGUGGUACAGAAUAUUUAGGCGCUGUAUCAAAUACAGGCGAAGUCUUUACGUGGACCUGUCGAUCCUCUCACUCAAGACAGUCCGUGGAUGCCGCCAAUAGUAGGAACACCAAGCAGAUGCAGCCAACUGUAGUGUCCGCUCCAAAACGCAUCUGGACGCAUCUCAACAAACCUCAUUUAGCAGCCAUAGAUGCAAGCAUUGGACAGCACGGAGAGAUGCUAGUAUGUACAGUGUCUGGCCAUGUAUUCCGGGGCGGUCAUGUCGACAGGUUUAGCCAAAUAUCUCAUUUACAGCGUUGUAUCAGAGUGUGUGCCAAUGCCAGCGGCGCAUUUGCUGCUAUUCGAUCCGAAUACGCGCUGCCGCCCAUCACCCACAUUGCGGCCUCUACACUGGAAUACGAUCUGUCGAGUUCAUUGCCACAGUUGGAGAUAGCCAAGGAAUUCCAUACGCAACUCUGCAGCCUGAUGCAAGCCAUGACUACCGAGUGCGAUCACCAAGUGCAAAAGUACAAAGUAGGCGCAGAUGUGGAUCAAGAUCUCGUGUUGAAGCAGCAACAGGCCACACGUCUCAAAUACAGUCAACUCAUUAUCUCAGCCGUGGACCAAGCAUGGCAUCGCAUCGAUCAACUGAGCUUGCAAGAUAAUUCGCUGGAUGUCUUGUUUUGUGUUGAUAAAAGGCAUGUCUACUGUCAUAGUACCAUUGUGCGGUGCCGAAGCAACAUGUUCAGUCAGCUGGUCAAAUGCGCUGAUCGUCGCUCACCAUCCAUCAUGAACGGCAUGACCAUCAAACUGGAGAAGCGAGCCAGCGACGGCAGAGUUGUCAUUUACAUCUAUCAGUGCCAAUUAGCGUCUAUACUACUCUUGCUGGACUACAUUUACACAGAUACCUAUCAGCAUCCCAUGAAGGCGUUUUUCCAGGUACCCGAUCUCUGCUUCAAGGACUUGGAUUCCUUCACUGACAAGAAGGCUAUCCAGGCAUCCGCUCAUCAAAUCCAACGGGAUCUAGUGACAUUGGCCAAUGUCUUUCAAUUACCAAAGCUGCUGUCAUCAGCACAGCAAUCCUUCAGUCAUGCGCCGGUACCUACAUUAACGCAACAUUUGAAAUUAAUGUUGGAAAAGGCAAAAGGCACAGAUGUGGCUAUUGUAACUAAAAACCACCCGCAUUCAACAUACCAUCAAGUGAUAUUACGACAACGAUGUCCCUACUUCAAAAACCUGCUUCAGCCUGGAUCUGUGUGGAUACAAAAGAGGUCAACCGAGACAGAGGACAGGUGCAUUCAGGUGAAUCUCAAUCACAUUCCCAAAGCUAUGAUGGAUACCAUCAUUCAGUACAUCUAUGUGGAUCAAGACAAGACAAUACUGUUCAACUCCAUUCAACAGGACAAGGAGGAGUCCAUGGUCCAGUUUCUACUGGAUUUUCUCUGUGAAGCCGAUUUCUUGCUAUUGGGCAGACUCAAAUCCAUUACAGAGCAGGUGCUGGUUCCCUUCAUCAAGCUGAAAUCAGCCACCACUGUAUUGGAAUACGCAGAUGCUUGCUUGGCAGAUCAACUUAAAAAAUCCUGUUUGGAGUUUAUCAGCGUGAAUCUACCCGUGUUUUUUGCUUCCCAUAUGUUGGAUGCAGUUGCCGAUACAUUGCUUCGAGAUUUAGAAGCCUACGUGCGUCAAGCUCAAAUCAAUCAAGCGCCUACUGUGGUGAGAGGAUUACCAGAGCAGCAUGUUGAUGCAGAUACAGAAGAGGACGAUAUUGAAUUUUCAAGCUCAUUGCAUGCUCUCUCAAGGGGUGAUGGAAGUGUGGUGACAUUUGAUGAGGUCUUUUAUACCUAUUAUCCCGAGAAGCCAUCCAUAGCUAAGGAAAAGUCUGCUCUCAAAACAAUAAUAGACACCAACGAACUCCAGUUGAAACAACCAUCUACAACGGCAGCUGCUAGCAGAGUCAAGAGAGGCACCAAAGUACAGUUGAAUGACCUUGAAAACGAAUUAAACAUGAUGGAAGCUGCGUCCUCGCAAAGACGUCAAUCUUCAGCAGGAUGGGCUACAAACACUGCUUCCGUUGCAAGUGCUGCUGCUGCAUCAGAAUCGCACAGCAAGCCAUCCUUACGAGAGAUCAUUGAGACCGAGAAUCAGCCCAAUCUUGCGUCUAUGAAGAGUCAAAAGUCUGCCAUCCCUAAAAAGAUUUCACAAAAGGAAAGAAGACGUCUGGCACAGCAGCAAGAAGUAAAUGACACCCCAUCUUCAUCGACCAAGCCAGUGUGGGGCAAAGUACCAGCUGUAUCAGUCAAGCCCAUGUCCAAAAUCAUGGCUGAAGUGGCAGAUGUUCCUCUCAAAGAAUCAACGAGCAGUGCAGCACCAUCAUCCAGUGACAGAAAGGGAAAGAAAAUAUACAUCCCCGAGUCUCUGCUAGAGCAUAUAGACCAACCACCUACACCCAGCGUCAAAGAAACUAGACCAUUAUACAAUCCUGUAGACAGCCUGGGUGCGUCGUUUAAAUUAACACCGAUACGUCGAUUCAACAGCACUUCAAAGGAGGACCAGGCGUUUCAGAAAAAGUCAUUCCAAUCCAUCUUGAAGCAGCAGGAACUCGAGGACAACUGGCUCAAGAGCAACAAGCCUAAAAAGAGCAUAGCACUCAUUCAAAAGGAGGAGCAAGCAUUAAUUGGAUUAGCACAGUAUUAUGUACAAACACUGGAUAUCUUGAGUGGUGAAUGGCUUGAAAUAAAAAGACUCUAG